UUUGAAUUGUCAAAUCAAAUUCAUUGUUUUCCUUCUAGAAUAUAAUUUGGUUUUCAAUAAAUUUUCCUAAUUAAUCUCUUUUCAUCUUGAAUUUGUACGGUGAUUUUUGGGUGAAAAAUGGCUAUGUUCCCAGGAACAGUGGCCUUUGAUGAAUAUGGGCGACCAUUUAUAAUUUUAAGAGAUCAGGAGAAACAGAAAAGGCUUACCGGUAUCGAUGCACUAAAGUCUCACAUCCAAGCCGCGCGCCAAAUAUCCGGCAUCCUCCGUACGUCCCUCGGUCCCCGAGGCCUCGACAAGAUGAUGGUGUCCUCCGACGGCGAGGUGACGGUCACCAACGAUGGAGCCACCAUCCUGAAGCUGAUGGACGUGGAGCACCAGAUUGGAAAGCUCAUGGUGCAGCUGGCCCAGAGUCAAGACGAUGAGAUCGGCGAUGGGACAACUGGUGUUGUUGUUUUAGCUGGCGCACUCCUGGAGCAAGCCGCCAAUCUGCUGGACAAGGGUAUCCACCCGAUCCGCAUCGCCGACGGCUUCGAGAUGGCAGCGGCGACCGCGCUCCAGCACUUGGACAGCAUCAGCGAAGCGUUCCCAGUGAACAGGAACACCAGGGAGAACCUGAUCAAAGUGGCGAUGACCACGCUCGGCAGCAAGGUGGUGGUGAAGUGUCACCGAUUGAUGGCGGAAAUUGCUGUUGAUGCGGUCCUGUCGGUAGCCGACUUGGAGAAACGUGACGUGAACUUCGAACUGAUCAAGGUGGAGGGCAAGGUCGGCGGCCGGAUGGAGGACUCGAUGCUGGUCCGCGGAGUGGUCAUCGAUAAGACCAUGAGCCACCCGCAGAUGCCCAAAGUCCUUAAGGACGCAAAAUUGGCCAUUCUGACGUGUGCGUUCGAGCCACCCAAGCCGAAGACCAAGCAUAAGCUGCAGGUGGGCUCCGCGGACGAGUACCGCGAGCUGCGGCAGUACGAGCAGGACAAGUUCCUGGAGAUGGUGCGCAGGGUCAAGGACGCCGGAGCGACACUAGCAAUCUGUCAAUGGGGCUUCGACGACGAGGCGAACCACCUCCUCCUGGCCGAGAAUCUGCCGGCCGUCCGCUGGGUGGGAGGGCCCGAGAUGGAGCUGAUCGCCAUCGCGACCGGUGGUAGGAUUGUGCCCAGGUUCGAGGAGCUCACUCCGGACAAGCUGGGCUCUUGUGGACUAGUUAGGGAGCUGACGUUCGGCACGUCCAAGGAGGAGAUGCUGGUGAUCGAGGAGUGCUCCAACUCGCGCGCGGUGACGCUGCUGAUGCGCGGCGGCAACCGCAUGAUCGUCGACGAGGCCAAGCGCUCCGUGCACGACGCACUCUGCAUCGUACGCAGCCUCGUGCAGGAUUCCCGCGUGGUGUACGGCGGCGGCGCGGCGGAGAUCUCGUGCUCGCUGGCGGUGGCGAGCGCGGCCGACAAGCUGUCGUCGCUCGAGCAGUACUCCUACAGGGGCUUCGCUGACGCCCUCGAAUCCGUGCCGCUGGCGUUGGCUGAGAACAGUGGUCUGUCGCCGAUCGAUACUUUGUCGGAGGUGAAGGCGCGCCAAGUGGCCGAGAACAACCCAUACCUGGGAAUCGACUGUAUGGGCAAAGGUUCCAACGACAUGAAGUCUAUGAACGUGAUAGAGUCGCUGCACUCGAAGAAGCAACAGAUCGCGCUAGCGACGCAACUUGUCAAGAUGAUACUCAAAAUUGACGAUGUACGCUCGCCCGCUGACUCCAUCGAAUAAAACCACAUCAAAACAUGUAGUUAGAUAUGUAAUUAUUUCUAUAGACGUAUCCUUAACACAUUUAUUUUAUGAAAUGGAGAGGUUAUAUCAUAAUUGAUUUUAAACUAUUGCUAAUACCUACCUACCUACCUAUUUAGUACCUCGAUGUACUAAAUACUGAGUCCUCAACAAAAAAUUAUUGGUAUUGAUGUAAUUUUUCUAUUUUAUACCGUAAAUGUGGAAUUAAUAUGAAUGGAUAAACGUCAUGUUCUUUUAAGAAAAGGGGAAGUAAAAUAGUCUGAAAAGAAAAGCGCUUUAAAACGGCUGGACCGAUUGGUAUAUAUAUUUUAAUGUUUGUAACAAAAAGUCAAUAAUUCGAAAUAAUAUUGAUUCCGAAAUAAAUGUUAUUAUGUAAAUUCGCAAUAGUAACAUUUUUUUUUAUCAGAGAAAUAACUACUUACUGAAUGUCUAAUAGCCGACGGUUACCACUUUCCAUCAGGUAAUCUGUCAGCUUGCUUACCUUUAAAAUUGGCUACAAUAUAGAAAAUGUUCUUUUUCCAACUAUUUUACUUUCCUAUCCAUGCAAAAUAAUAUUUUAACUAAGAGACUGCAGUGUCUAUGUUAAGUUACUUCAAUUUAAGAUAUGAACAAUGUGUCCUAAUGUAUUCUCAGAAUCCGCCAUCUUGUUAAUGCGAGCAACAACAAAAUGGCGUCGAAUAUUGUAAACGAAACUUCGUUGCAUUUGUUUAAUUAAUAUUGUAAUAGGAAUUUCAUUUCUGCAAAACAUGCAACAUGUUGAGUUCAUUUUGAACAAUAGUCAGUUUAAAUUGACUUUAAUAAUUGUAUUUGGUAUAUCCAAUCUGUUUUAUCAAUUUUAACAGUGUAUCAGAGAGGAAUUUAGCUAGAAUGACCGUUUACCACCGGACUGACUAUAUGCUUAUUUGCUACCUUCGUGGUGUAAAAAAGAGAUAGUUUAAAAUUAAAAUUUGUUAAAACAGAUAGGGAUUACCGGAAGUAUUAAUUUUUUGUCUCAAGUCUUGAACAAUGUGAUGUCGCCGUAUAUGAACUGGACGGGACGGGACGGGAAAUGUUGUGUACGUGAUGUAUGCCUUAUUGCACUAAUAAAUUAAAAAGCUAUUUUA